AUGGAGUUUGGAGUGUCUGGUGAACUCGGCACUUACUCGUAUCAGUGCUGUGAGUAUACGAGCACGUCUCUGGAGUUUGAUUUCGAUAUUUCAUUGUUAAAUAAUAGCCUGAAAAAUUGGGCUGUUACAGUUGGCAUCAGAGCCAGGAUGCCACCUAGAAGAGAUACCUCGAGAGGACAACAAAUAGUGAUGGACAGGGAGACUUUCUUGGACAUGGUUAGGGAAGUUGCAAAUCAACAAAGACAAAACCCGGGCGCUAAUAAUGUGCCAAAUCAAGAAGGUCAAACUAUGUUCGACCGUUUUAUGAAGCAAAGGCCUAACAGUUUCAAGGAAGCCAAACACCCUAUGGAUGCUGAGGCUUGGAUCGAUCACAUGGAGAAGAUAUUUCGUGUACUAAAUUGUUCUGAAGAGGAGAAAGCUCGCUUUGGUGUUUACCGUCUUGAAGGGGAUGCUGGCACUUGGUGGAAAUCAGUGGUGGCUUCCCAUCCGGCGGGAUAUGAGGACGCUCUCACUUGGAAUGUUCGAUUUCAGAGGUUGGCUGGCUAUGCUCGAUCUAUUGCCGGGAAUGAGCAAGAUAAAAUUAUGAAGUUUAAAUGGGCUUUGAAGGAUUCUAUUCGCAACCAUAUCAUUUCUAAUCGCUAUGCUACUAUGGAUAGUUUGGUGGACAGUGCUAGAGAUCAGGAACUUCAUCAGGUUGACUGUGCCAAACGUCUUGAGGUUCAGAAUCAGAAAAGAAAGAGAGGUGAUGACACAACCGAGGAAACACAAGAUUUUCAGAAAAACGGAGAAUCUUCAGAUGUAUUCACGCAGACUGAUCGUAGAUACAACACUCGAAAUUUUCAUCAGGGUAAAGGGAACCAAGAAAAAGGACAAAAUGGAUCAUCUAACAAGAAUCAGGAUGAAGAAAAAUCUCGUUGUAAACAUUGUGGGAAGACCCAUGGCGGAAGUACAUGUCAUUGGACUACUGGCGCUUGUUUUAGAUGCGGAAAACAAGGCCACACUAUUCGAGACUGCAAGAAAUCGUUUAAUCAGCGUGAUGAUCAAGAUGGACAGACGAAAAAGAAUGCUAUAAAUGAAUAA